CAAACGCUUUGCGUCAACUAAGCUGAAGUGACCGAAUAAAAAGAAGAAAAAAAAAAAGAGGCUGCAACCAUAAUAGGUCACUGACGCCUCGCCUCGCCUCGCGGGAUGCGGUGACGAUGCACAAGAGUCACGCACAGCUGCACGUAGAAGCGGAGGGGCGUGGCUACGUCACGGCAUCCCAGCAUGCCAGUGUUUCAUAGGUUGAUGGAGUAGACGAAAAGAAAUAAUAAAAACAUCUGCGUGCGCCUACGUGCGGUUCUCCUCGGAGCUCCUAUACGAGACGAAUUGCGAGCUUAAGGGAGGGAGGAACCGGCUCUAGAAAAGCAAAUAAACGACCGCAACAGCUCCCCGGGGGUCAUCGUGGUCCGGCCCGGUACACACGACAGCUCACAGCGCCGGCGGGCGAGUUCUGCACAGCUUUUUAACCCCCACCUGAAGAUCUCCUCCUCUCUGCAUCCUUCACUUGGAGAAAAAGAAACUCCAUCCAGCUAGACAUCAGAAGAUGGAAGGCCAGCAAAAGCAGGUGACAGGUUAUCUCCUGUUCUCUCUCGGCACCGCCGUCAUCGGCUCUCUGCAGUUCGGUUACAACACCGGAGUCAUCAACGCUCCCGAGCAGAAACUACGAUCUUUCUUCAACGAUACCUGGGUUGAGCGGUAUGGCAAGCCCAUCAGCCCGGGGGUGUGCACCAUCGUCUGGAGCAUCGCCGUCGCCAUCUUCAGUGUCGGCGGCAUGGUGGGCUCCUUCAGCGUCGGCGUCAUGGCCAACCGAUUCGGCAGGCGCCGCUCCAUGUUCCUGGUGAACUCUCUGGCGGUGAUUGGCGGCCUCCUCAUGGGCUUCUCCACCAUCUGCUCCUCCUAUGAGAUGGUGAUCGCCGGGCGCCUGGUCAUCGGCCUGUUCUGCGGCCUCUUUACCGGACUGACUCCCAUGUACGUGGGCGAGGUGUCACCCACCCCCCUACGAGGCGCCUUUGGCACCCUCCACCAGCUCGGUGUGGUGGUGGGCAUCCUGAUCGCUCAGAUCUUUGGUCUGGAGGCUCUGCUGGGCUCAGCCAAGAUGUGGCCCCUGCUGCUGGCUCUCACCGUGGCCCCUGCUGUGCUUCAGUGCAUCCUGCUUCCCUUCUGUCCCGAGAGCCCUCGCUUCCUGCUCAUCAACCUGAAAAAGGAGGAGCAGGCACGCAAAGUGCUGGUGCGUCUGCGUGGCAGUGAGGAUGUGAGUAAGGACAUGCAGGAGAUGAAGGAGGAGAGCGCUAAGAUGGCCAUGGAGAAGAAGGUGACCAUCCCCGAGCUUUUCCGCGUUGCGGCGUACCGUCAGCCCCUCCUCAUCGCCGUCAUGCUGCAGCUCUCCCAGCAGCUGUCAGGGAUCAACGCUGUGAAUUACUAUACUGCAGGCAUCUUUGAAUCAGCCGGUGUGAAACAGCCCAUCUACGCCACCAUCGGAACCGGCAUCGUCAACACCGUCUUCACUGUCGUUUCUCUCUUCCUGGUGGAGAAGGCGGGACGGAGGACUCUGCACCUCCUGGGAUUGGGUGGAAUGGCGAUCAGCGCCGUGCUCAUGACCAUCUCCCUCCUGCUGAAGGACAUUCCCGUUAUGAGCUACAUGGCCAUAGUCGCCGUCAUGCUCUUUGUGGCGAUGUUUGAGAUGGGCCCCGGUCCAAUCCCAUGGUUCAUAGUGGCCGAGCUGUUCUCCCAGGGGCCCCGCCCGGCCGCCAUGGCGGUGGCCGGCUGCUGCAACUGGACGGCCAACUUCCUGGUUGGAAUGAGCUUCCCCAAACUGGAGGAGUGGUGCGGGCCUUGGGUCUUCCUCAUCUUCUCCGCCUUCCUCAUCUUCUUUUUCAUCUUCACCUUCAUCAAAGUCCCCGAGACGAGGGGCAAGACCUUCGACGAGAUCGCCCGCAGUUUCGGCGGCGUCCCGCCUCCAAUCUCCUCGUCUGUGGAGGACCCCCCCGCCAGCGCCAGCACCGCCACCACGCUCCCCGCCACGCCGGUGAAGGAGAAGGUCCCGCUGGUGGCGGCGCCGGCUGCAGCUCCGCCGGCUGCAGCCGAAAACACGCCCCUGGAGGAGAAAUCCAUGUCGACAGCGCAGGAGAGUUUGUAGAGCCGCUGUAGAUAGAGUUUAAUGGCUGAAGGGGGUUAUAAAUGAAGGAAUAACCACUGAGAUUACAAAGAUUUGCUGUAAAUUGUAGUCAGUUAUCACACCUUGGAACUAUAGAGGCGAUAUCAUUUUUCUAACAGACCUACCGAGAACCACAGCGUUAUCAACUUGUAGGCUUUGGCCUUUAAAAGAUCCUGUUUUCUGCUUUCUAGGUAACUCAUUCAACCUUUUUAUUUUUCUGUGACGUUUCCUCCACUUCCUUCUUUUAAAUCCUCCCUUCAUUAACUGUGAAAGGGAAGCAGUCACUGUACAACACUACAGAUAUUAUCUACUGUACAUUCCUAGGAAUUAAGCUACAUUCAUUGAAAGGGUGAGCUGUGUGGUGUGUGAUCAGGAUGACAAUUUUUUUCCGACACGGCUAACGCAGCUUGUGUUAAUUGAAAUUGUUACUAAGAGGAGUCCAGGUAGACUAGAGGCACACGGUGUUGAGGAUGGCACCGCCUUGGUGCAGGCGUUUCCAGACGGCUCCGUUCACUUCUGAGUUCAGGUCCAUGAAGUGGGAGUUAGACAUGGAUAGCAACGAUGCACAUUUUCUUCCUCAUUCCUUUUUUUUAAAGUUUAGACAGGUGUAACAGUGGAUCAUUUAGUGCAAUAUACCUUUGUAGUUCCACCCUGUAAUUUCCUGUGAUUUGUUUUUAUCUGUUAGAGCUUGUUGAUGUUUCCGGAAGGGUUCUCGAAUUAUAGGUCUACGUUCACGCUGUUGACUACGAGCUGACGGACUGGAGAGCUUUUUAGCAAAUGCCAAAGUACUGAACUUUAAUCGCCACCUGGUCAGCACGUGUAAUCUCAAACGUGUUUUCUUCUGGUUGUUAAAGUCAGGAUGGGAAAUUAGCCACAGGUCUCAAUUUCAUUCAUUCUGAAAGCUAAAUUGAUGGUCAAAGCUUUCUUUAGGUUAGGCGACCCUUGCUCUCCUUUAGAGGUCUUGUCCUGCUCGGUCUUAGAUUUUCGGUAAACCAAUUUGGCGCUCAGUUCUACAUGUAGUAUUAAAAAAACUUGUCAUUGGCUCAAUUUAUAUUCCGAUUUAUGAAUAGGAACAAAUAUAGUGGGAAAACAUGUUAAUUUAUUGUUAAAUUGUAUGUAUUAGUGUUUUACUGUAUUAGAAAAUGAUUACAAUCUGGUAUAAUCAGGACUGUUGCUAAUGACUGUGACCUGUGGACAACAACAUGUGAAAUGAAUUGUUUUACACAUGUAGAUUACAGUAGGGUAAUGUGCAAUGUAUAUUUUAUUUUAUCAAGAAAACAAUUAGUAUAUAUCACCAUAGGAAAUAGAUUUUUGUACAAAGAAUAUAGUUAUAAUACACUAAAGCAAAUUUAGAAGCGUAACGCUUUCCUCCAGACUAGACCCAAGAAAUGAAAUGAAAGCAGAAUGAGUGUGUUGUGAUCUUUACCUGCUGUGGUAGAGUGCAACACUGUAAUUAAUUUGUUACUCGCUAUUUAGAUGCACUUUAUUAACCUGAUAGGCAGCAAGGCGAGCAUUAGCGCCACAAUCCCUAAUGUAGAAGUCAAUGAGCCUAUAACAGCUCUUUAUGUCAAAAUUAGAAGAAUAAUAGUUUUCAACUACAUUUACCCGAGCGACUGCGUAUAUCUGGCCAAGCUGUUAUUGGAAUAGAUAGGAGUCCUGAAAAAAUCUGCAAUCUGCAAUCUAAACAAUGUCCGAGCUGAUAACGAAACAGGAAACUAAAGAGGAAGUGCUAGUACGGUAAAAUUAGAAUGACUAAUCUGGUUGAUUUAUUAAUUUUUUUCUUCAUAAUUUCCCAUUUUCACAAAGGGGGAAAUGAGGACUACGACUAUCUUAUUGUGUUGACCUCUAUGACAAUCUGAGAAAAUAAUGUGUUUGUUCAAUCACAGCAAAGAGUGUCAUUCCACAAUGAGAUAGCCACCAUUUUGAAAACCAGAAUAUUAUGAGUAUCGGGGCAUUUAAAGCACCUUGAAUUCAACAUAUUGACGUUUAAGUUUUUUAAACAGUAUUCAAAAAGCAGAGCUUCCCUGGAUGCAGGAACAAUUAUCAUUUUUUAAGUAAUUUAAAAGGCCAGAACUAUAAGAGAGACACCAAUAUAAUGAAGUUUGGCGUUCUUGCUGCCAACUGAAUGCUAAGUGGUAAGUUAGCCGGUUUAUAGACCUAUACCUUAAUAGGCUGCAGGUGAUUUGAGGGGGGGAUGCUAAAUGACCAUAGUGCAUCUCCUUUGUUAACCUGCCAAACCCCCGCUCCAUGUCCUAGUAACA